UGGUGGGUGGUUAAUGGUGGUGGCGGGUGGUGGUUGGUGGUUGGCGGUGUUGGUGAUGGGUAGUGGUGGUUAACCGUGACAAGUGGUGAUGGUGGUGGUUGGUAGUGUUUUUCAUGUGUGCUGGUGGUAGUGGGUGGCAGGUUGGUGGUGUUGGGUGGGGCUAAAGUUUUAGGGUCAAGAAAGUUUAUUAGGGCGAAGAUAAAUAUGUCUCUUAACCAUUCAACAACAUUUUAUCACUUAUAAUCAUUAAGAUGUCAACUGAAUAACUAAGGGGUGUUAUUUUUAUGAACCAAACACGCUUAUCUCUUACUGAUUCCAAUUCAAAAGUAUCCUCUUAAUGAAAUCAUUAAGCGGCUACCAAACAACCCUUUAUGAUGCUUUCUAACUCUUAUAUUAUUGGUUUAAAUAUAUUAUUUGAAGUUAUACUAAUAAUAUUAAAAAAUAAAAAAAUCAUCAAAAUUGGAAAAUCACGAGUCAACUCAUCCGAGUCGACUCAAAUCCAGUACAUAGUUUGAGAUCGAAAAUUCGAGCACUGGGUUUAGGUUUGGAAACUCUAUUCCCGGUCUUUCCCAAAUUUGUCAGUAUCAUCAGUAGGCAGGCUUGUUGCUUAUUCUCACCGAUUGUCUUCUCUCAAGAGUGUGGUCAUAGUUUACUCUUGACAAGGCAUGGAUAAGUCAUGGAGGCAACGUGAGCUUGUAUUUCUUCUUCUUUAUGCGGUUAUCUUCUACAUUAUCAUUAUUCGGUAUUCCUUACAGCUCUCCCAUGAUCAUUACAACAAGCUUUAUGGUUUACGGACUGGAUUGUUCUCGGGUCGGCUUAAUGAUGUCUCUGAUGCACAAUGGAGAAAUUUUCGCAACAAUUUGCCGAUUUUAACCGUUGUUUUUGGACUUUUUACAUUGAUUGCUAAUGGUCUGAGGGCAUUUUGUAACCUAAAAGCUGAGGGGAUGUCCAUUGUUUGGCUUCUGAUUUCAUUGGCAUAUUUGUCAUAUCUACAUGGAGCAUUCAUCAUUUUCAUCCUCUCAAUUGCAUCAGCCAAUUUCCUUUUGGUUAAGAUAUUUGGGCGAACAAAGUACUUUCCUUUUGUACUUUGGGUGUUCAACCUAUCAUUUCUUCUUUGUAAUCGCGUUUAUGAGGGAUACUCGUUCGCCAGUUUCGGAAACCAUUGGGCUUACUUGGAUAAAUUUAGGGGUACCUUCAGAUGGCAUAUCUGCUUUAACUUUGUCGUUUUGCGCAUGAUAAGCUUUGGAUAUGACUACCAUUGGUCAGAUCAUAACGCUUAUGUUGAUCAAGAGAAGCACAUUCGACACUGCCCCAUCUGUUCUUCAGGGAAGACAUGCUACAGAAUGUUACAGGAGAGAAGUGUGGGGAUCGACAAGUUCUCGUAUACUGUAUACCUAUGUUAUUUGCUAUUUGCACCUCUCUAUAUUGCCGGACCCAUUAUAAGCUUCAACGCAUUUGCCUCACAGCUGGACACACCUCAGAAGAGUUAUACACUCAAACAAGUGAUUUGGUACGGUUUUCGUUGGAUACUUAGCCUGUUUCUUAUGGAAAUCAUGACACAUUUCUUCUAUUACAAUGCAUUCGCAAUUAGUGGAAUCUGGAAACAAUUAUCACCUAUGGAGGUCUUUAUUGUUGGAUAUGGGGUCCUAAACUUCAUGUGGCUCAAGUUUUUCCUCAUUUGGCGCUACUUCCGGUUUUGGGCACUGGUAAGUGGUAUUGAAGCCCCUGAGAAUAUGCCACGUUGUAUAAACAACUGCUACAAUUUAGAAAGCUUUUGGAAAAAUUGGCAUGCUUCCUUUAAUAAAUGGCUUGUGAGGUACAUGUAUAUUCCGUUAGGGGGAUCUCGAAGGAAGCUUUUAAACGUGUGGGUUGUCUUCACAUUUGUUGCCAUAUGGCAUGAUCUUGAAUGGAAACUUCUUUCAUGGGCUUGGUUGACGUGCAUAUUCUUUAUUCCUGAAAUGAUUGUGAAAUCAGCAGCAACCUCUAUUAAGGUUGAUAACGUUUUUAAAGAGUUUAUUUUCCGUGAGCUUAGUGCAGUUGCCGGUGCUAUCACAAUCACUUGUCUCAUGGUGGCUAACCUUGUUGGCUUUGUCAUUGGACCAUCUGGCAUAAGUUGGUUAAAGUCCGUAUUUCUUCAGGCUGAAGGACUGCCUACACUUUUUGGCUUGCUUGUGACGUUUUAUAUCGGCACAAAGCUUAUGUUUCAUGUAUCCGAUUCCAAGCAAAGGAUACAUCAGAGUUGACGAGCAUGGUUAUGAUCUGGAUCCAAAUACGAAGCAUCUUUGACUUUUUUGUUGUGUCUUGGUUUUUUUUUUGUUUUCUUACACCAUUUUGGAGAAUACCGGAUUUUAUUAAUCAAUGUUAGGGGAUUAUUUGAAUGUAUGAUGAGAUUGAUGAUAAUAUGGUAGUAGUCACAUAUUUAUUCUUAUGUGUCAA